AGGCACGUUGCCAUGUCUAAACGGCCACUAUCGUUUUAACAUCGAAAACAUCCGGGAACUCUCAUUUCGGAUACACAAAAGACAUUUUUGGCAACUCUGUGUUUUCCUUUUAUUUUCUUUGUUUCGUCCACCGAAUGAUUGGAGUGAAAAUUCCUAAGUGUGGCAACAUCAUCAGUUUUUGUGUAGAUUUAUUUCUCGGUACAACAUCCAUCAAUCCGUCCAGUUGAGAAAAUUCUUAAUUCUGUGAAAAAAUCCUAUACUCUGAUAAAUAGAAAUCGAAAAAUUCGGAGAAAUCAACAUGGAUAUUUUGUAGGCUUACACCUUUCCUGUUACCAUCAAACGGGAACUUGAAUUUCUUUGUUUUGGAAAGGUAGCUGUGCAGACACACACAGCGGUGAUGGUGGCGAUGAUGAUGGCCAAUCUUAGUUUUGUUCUACUGAAGAUAAAUGACACAGAUAUCGGUCAAUUGCAACAGGAGAAGCGCGACGCUGCUGCUGCCCUCAAUAUUCUAUUGAACAAUGAGUCGGAAAAUGUUGUGCUUCAUUUGAAGCGAAAAGCUUGCUGGAACUUGGCCAGCAAGUGUUUGGUCGAUGACAAUGAUGAAAUCGAGAUAAGUAAGAAAAUAUGCUUCCUAAAGAUACAACCAAAUACCGGGAAUGCUUCCGCGAUAGCGAACAAUGCAGCGCCUUCGUCCACAGAAAUAAUUGUAAAUUUGCAUUUGCCGAACUCAUCGGCAUGUGGGGAGGAGGAUGGUGGCCUUUCAAAGUCGACUCAAACCGAUGACAUGGCUUACUAUGUCCAUGAACAGUUACGUAAUAUGGAAAAGGAUACCGAACGCUUGAUAGAGGAGGAACACAAUUUAUUCGAACAAAGUUUGGCCCCCGAAAUAGAUAUUGAGGAAAUAACGCUGAGGAAAACGCACAGUGACGAAAGACUUGGUUUGACAGUAUGCUACAGUAAUGGCGAGGAGUACGGUGAAAUUGGGGGCGAAGUUGGUGGAAGUGGUGGCAGUGGCGGCAGUGGUAAUGAAAUGUACGGUGGCACUUCUGGCGUGACCGAGGUAUAUAUUAGUGACAUACAUGUCGACAGUGUAGCGGGACGGGACGGUCGUCUACGGCAAGGAGAUCAGAUCUUGCAGAUAAAUGGCAAGGAUAUAACUACCAGAGAGGAGACAGAAACGUUGAUAGCCGAAAACAAUAAUGCGGUGACACUGUUGAUUAGUCGCUACUUGUAUGGUGAAGACGACUUUAAUGACCCCUCUACAAAUGAGGAAGACGAUGAGGUGCUUGUGGUGGAGGAUGACGAGGACGACGAUGAUGAGGAGGAGUUUUAUGAUGAGAACAACAUGACCUAUGUUAAUUGUAUUGCCAACAAUGAGUGCUGCCUAAACAAUGUGGACGACUUUGACAAGGCCAUUAUGUCACAAGUAGAACAGCAAAAGCAGCAGCAGGACAAUACGCAGAACAAUUCUGUCUUGGAGGCCACAUCUGCAACUCUACCAUCCAAUUUGAAUAAACUAAAAGGUGCUAAAAUUGAAAAGAAAUCAUCAAAUUCUUCGAGGAACAAUGUCACAGCGACAACGAAGAAUGCAAGCAACGAAGCAAACAAGGCUACGACGUUGUCGGUGAUAGCGCCCAAAGCCAAUCCCACUGACAAUAAGACAAGCGAUUACUAUGAAUCUGAACAUAUAUAUGAAACUAUUCCCGAAGAUCCAGAGUCAGAGCCAUUCUAUUGCUCGCCUUAUGAUAGUUCAGUAUAUGUCACUGCCAUUGCCUCUUGUUCCUCCUCAACCGCAACUGAUGCUCUGCAACAGCAAAUGCAGCACAAACAGCGUGUGGUUCAGUGGUUGGGCAUUAACUCCUCACAGGGUGUUUGCAAUACUGCCAUACCUCGUCAUUCCCUAAGAAGCAGCAGUGGUUGUGGACGUAGUCUUAAAAAUCGCCAUAAAACAGCUACGGGCGGCACAAUACGAAGUACAAUGACAUCGCUUACCAAUGGUUCAAUUGAUGGCAUUGGUUCGGCGAUGACGUUGCCCGCUUCCCAAGUCGACGACCAGGAUAAUUCGUCAAGCGCUUACAAUACUGGGGGAUCCAACAACAGUGUAUCUCCUCAUUCAUUGUUGCUUAACCCCAAAACACGCACAGAAGCUUACCAAGCUGCAGCAGGUUGUAUGCCACCAAUGGCUUCAGCAUCAUCCAUAGAUGAUGUCAUAGGGAUGCAGCAGCUCUUGCUACAACACAAAAUAGCCUCUCAACAAAAAAUUCUCUCGCCUAAGGAUAAAAACAAAAUAACAAGUCCCAAAAGUGGUAACAAAAUGUCCGUAAUGGAAAUGCAGGGUCAGUCUGCUGUGACUGGAGCAGCCCCAGGAGGAGGAAAACUGGCCAUGUUCACGAAUAGUGAGGCAAGUGCUCAGCGGAGUGCCAUGUUGCCACAGCAUUUACUAAAACAGACAAUCCCUUUGGAUAAGAUGAUGCACCAGCCUUAUUAUCAGCAUCAAAUAGCGGCAACAGGAGCUGCCGAUCAAAUACAUUGCCCCCAAUUCACGGCACCUAAUUUAAGUCAAUACCACUUUGUUAGUAGUCAAGAGGUAAACAAUCUGUCCCUUAAUAACAAAAUACCAAAGUCUUCCCCAGCAAUAGCUGAAACAACCAACAAUAAUUCGAAAAAUAAUGCCGACGAAGAGGAGGCCAUGGUGUGGAAGGUGAAGCGGCGACCGGAUGGAACACGCUACAUAGUACGGCGACCGGCUAAAAGUCGCGUCGUCAAAGAACGCAAUGUUCGUCUGAAUGUGGAACGUCUAAGAGACGAAAAUACCACAACCGAGGAUGAUACAAUGUCCGAAAUAAAAACCGGUCGUUACUGGACCAGGGAGGAGCGCAAGAAACACAUCGAGAGAGCCAAAGAACGAAGGCAACAGCAACAGCUACAGUACCAACAACAGUUGCAGCAGUUACAGCAGCAGAAGAUAACUAUGCCCUAUGAAGAAAAUGCUGCCGAUUUGCAGGACCGCGAGCAAGUGCGACAUGCGAAUUUCCAAAGUUUUACCAGGCAAAAAUACCGACAACACUAUCAACUGCAAUUCAAUUCUGCAGCUCACUCGGAUGCAGUUCAAAAGCAUAAAUCUUCGCUAACCUAUCACAAUGCAUCCACGGCGGGAACAACUGCCGAUGAUGGUACAACAGACCAAGCAGAAGUCGGUGGAAACUUGACGACAAUUACGACAACCACAUCCGCCUCAAAUUUAAUCACGUCCUCGGAACGCAAUAACCUUAAUAGCAAUAUGAUAUCCGUCACAACUGUAUAAAUACAACCUACCUAACCAUUUGCAAUAAUUUUUUUAAAUUCAAUUUCAUGCUUUAAAGCAAAAAAACUCCACUACACACACAAACACAAACCACAAUAAUAGAAACAAUAAUUGUAGAGUUAACUCGAUUUACCUGCUGCGCUUAAUCGACAACCACACAAUAGUAUACAUAACCGAUAUCCCAUUUAUGUAAAAUAUCUAUAUAUCCAGGACCUCUAUACACUACACAUUCACAUAUAGUAUAUUCCAAAAACAGAACAUUUAUGUAUAUGGAUGAUGUACAUAAAUAUAUUAUGAAUUAUGUAUUCCAUAUGUAGACAAAUCAAAGAAUAUAUUUAAAUGAGACAAUGUGCCAAAUUUAAGAACUGUUUGACGAGUUAAUCACGAAUAGCUUCGAGUAUUGAAAGAAUUCUUGUACAUAAAAACUUUAUACACAUAAAUGCAUGAAAGUAAUCGUAAAAUGUUAAUACAACUAUCCAUAAAAUGUAUGGGGGGAAACACAGUAGUGGUGUCUAGUAGUUUGAAUUUUUUUUUAUUAGCUUUUAUCCCAAUACAUAAUAAUUACCAAACUAAAGAGAUAUAUUACAAUAAAUCUUAA